AUGUUUCCAGAAGCCACUGUCAGAGUUCUCCCCCGCAGCUACUCAGAUCACUCACACCUUGUCAUCUACACCCAAGAGUUAAAAGAGUGGAACAAAGAAGUUUUUGGGAAUAUUUUCAAAAGGAAAAUACACCUCCUUACAAGGAUUGAGGGCAUCCAAAAAGCUUUAGCUACUUAUUUUUCCCAUAAUCUUCAUGCUCUUGAAAGAGAUCUUAUCAAACAAUAUAACUCUACUUUGUUCCAAGAAGAAAUCUUGUGGUUUCAGAAAUCUAGGGCUAAACAUAUUAUGCUUGGUGAUAGAAAUACCAAGUAUUUUCAUAUCUCCACUAUUUCUAAGAGAAGGAAAACCAAAAUCAAUUCCUUUAAAGAUAAUGCAGGAUCUUGGAUUACUGAGACUGAUGAAAUUAAGGCUGCUAUCCUUGACUAUUUUCAAAAUCUCUUUAAUAGUGAGGAUACCACUCAUCUGGAUCAUUGGAAUAACCCAACUCAAACUCACUUUACCCAUGAUGAUAAUAUUGGGUUUCUCAAACCCAUUUCUAAUUCUAAAAUUCUUAGAGUUGUUCUAGACAUUGGUACUUUUAAAGCACCAGGUAAGGAUGGGAUUUAG